GUCUGUUCUGCUUCUCGACUAUUUUCUUCAAAAAUAGGGGGGAAGGGGGGAUCGCGCAGUGGAGCAUUGAUUAGUCGCGCCUGGCAGAGGGAGAAGUGUGUUUUUUUAGUUUGACCGGAGCUUGUGGGCUCCAAUCAGAUCUGGGGAUCAUGCACUAACAACAAACAAAAGAGCUAUCUGUCCAUGUCUGGUUUUAAUUGUGUCCGUCAGAUUAUUUGCUUUGUUUUAAACUAGUAGCCCUUUUCCCUCCUUCUUGCGGCAUUUAGUAAAAAUUAAUUUAUUGUUGUAGUUGUUAUUGUAGUUAUUUAGUAUUUUUUUAAUAGACAAAAACAAUCCCGAUCGCCAUGUCCGGGCAGUCAUCGGGCUGUGGGUUUCUGAUGUCGGUUGUGGUUCAUGGGGACUCAGCGCUCAACGAGCAGGAAAGGGAGCUGAACCAGCGGCUCAGGCGGCUGUAUCCGGCGGUGAACGAGCAGGAGACCCCGCUGCCCCGAUCCUGGAGCCCCAAGGACAAGUUCAGCUACAUCGGUCUCUCCCAGAACAAUCUCCGGGUGCAUUACAAAGGACAUGGGAAGACGCCUAAAGAUGCUGCCUCUGUACGCGCAACCCACCCCAUCCCUGCUGCCUGUGGAGUGUACUAUUUCGAAGUCAAGAUAGUCAGUAAAGGACGAGAUGGGUACAUGGGAAUUGGUCUUUCUGCUCAAGGUGUCAAUAUGAAUAGACUCCCAGGCUGGGACAAACACUCCUAUGGUUACCAUGGAGACGAUGGGCAUUCCUUCUGUUCGUCAGGCACUGGGCAGCCCUAUGGCCCAACGUUUACAACUGGCGACGUCAUCGGCUGCUGUGUGAACUUGAUCAACAACACCUGCUUCUACACAAAGAAUGGUCACAGUCUAGGUAUUGCUUUUACAGAUUUACCGCCCAAUUUAUACCCCACAGUGGGUCUUCAGACACCUGGGGAGGUAGUGGAUGCAAAUUUUGGUCAGCACCCAUUUGUCUUUGACAUUGAAGACUAUAUGCGUGAGUGGCGAACGAAGCUCCAGACCCAGAUUGACAGAUUUCCCGUUGGCGAGCGGGAGGGCGAGUGGCAGACAAUGAUUCAGAAAAUGGUUGCGUCUUACCUAGUUCACCAUGGUUACUGUGCUACGGCUGAAGCCUUUGCCAAAUCCACAGACCAGGCAGUACACGAGGAGCUAGCCUCCAUCAAAAACAGACAAAAAAUUCAGAAGUUGGUUUUAGCAGGAAGAAUGGGGGAAGCGAUCGAUACAACACAACAGCUUUACCCAAGUUUACUAGAAAGAAAUCCCAACCUCUUAUUCAUGUUAAAGGUGCGGCAGUUUAUAGAAAUGGUGAACGGGACGGACAGCGAAGUGCGGUGCCUGGGGGGCCGCAGCCCGAAGUCCCAGGACAGCUACCCGGGGAGUCCACGGCCCUUCGGCAGCCCCAGCACGAGCCCCAGCCACAGCGCCAUCAUCCACAGCCUGGCCUCUGUCAAGCCCAGCGGCUCGCACGGGCACCUGGCAGGUUUCGACAACUGCACUAACGGAGUGAUGUCCAGCAAACCACACCAGGGACCCCACUGUCACAAGCACCCAGCCUCCAAUCUAAGUAAUGCAGAGCUCAACAGUAUAAACAGCACCAGAUCCCAGCAGUCCAACAGCUACCCAAGCAAUGAUGUUGACAUGGAGAUGGAUCACUAUAGCAACGGGGUGUCGGAAUCCUCAUCCAAUGGCUUUCUGAACGGCGGCUCCAAACACGAUCUCGAAAUGGAGGACUGCGAGUCUGAGAUGGAGGUGGACUCCACCCAGUUGCGGCGGCAGCUGUGCGGCGGGAGCCAGGCAGCCAUCGAGAGGAUGAUCCACUUCGGCCGGGAGCUGCAGAGCAUGAGCGAACGGCUCAGGAGAGAGUGUGGGAAAAACUCUGCCAACAAGAAGAUGCUGAAGGAUGCAUUCAGUUUGCUUGCCUACUCAGAUCCAUGGAAUAGCCCAGUAGGAUAUCAGCUACUCUCAAUACAGAGAGAACCAGUGUGUUCCACUCUCAACAGUGCAAUAUUAGAGACUCACAAUCUUCCCAAGCAGCCUCCUCUGGCUCAGGCGAUCGGCCAGGCCACUCAGUGUCUGGCCCUGAUGGCGCGCUCUGGGAGUGGCUCCUGUGCUUUCGCCUCAGUGGAAGACUAUCUGCACUAGCUAUGCAACCUGGAAGACGUCACAGGCACGCUCCAUCGACACGUGUGAUUCAACCUUAGGGACAUUGAAACCAACAAGACGUCUCGCUAUUGAGAUGCCCUUGUUUUGUUUUUUGUUUUUGUUUUUUAAUUACUUACCUACUGGGGACAGGUUCUGAUUGUCACUUCUGUUUCCUAGUUUACAAGGCAUGGUGCAAAUUACAAAUAUUGUUACUAUUCCUAUUAAUAUCAUUUGCCUAACUUGCAUAUGAACGUUUGUUCUCCGUGUGAGAACUGGCAGGUGAGCAUUAAAGGGCUCACUGCCCCCUUAAAAUCACAUCCCUAUUAGUCACGUGGUGUUCCAAGAACAAUUGUUUUAUAUGACCAUAUGCAUAUAUACGUUAAAUACGGCAUAUGCGUAUGUGUAUAUAUAUAAAUAUAUAUUUAAGAACUUAAUUGAAUUAUAUUAACAAGAAAAGUUUAAAAUAUUUAGCUACCAAAAAUAAGAAAACCAAAAAAAAAAUUUAUUAUAGGAAGACGCAGUCUUUUGUGGGGAAAAUUUGAAUCAAUAUUCAGUGUAAUGCAAGCCUGUAUAGGGAGGUAGCACUGAUUGAUUUAGGACUUUUUUUUCUCCUGUUUCUGCACCUCCCAAACAGCACAAACACCUGGUACAGGUUUGAAAUGUGGCUUUAGAUUUUUUGUUUUUAACUUUGUAUUCUUUUCAAAGCUUGUCCUCGUACCUUGAAUAACUCAGGAGCUGAAUGCGAUCGUUCAUCACUGCUGAAGACUUCCCUGACCUGUCCAGCACCCAGUAGAUUUGUUUUUGACAUUUCUCCUUUUGAUUUUUCCACCCGACUCGGAUCUUGGCAGACCAUUCCAUUGUACACUCACCCUUGUAAAAAGUUAACAGUAUUGUCAACAACACUGUGUGGUAAUGACAUUUACAAUAAAAAAACCAAAUAUUUAGGAAGAAAAUGUCUUAAACUUUGUACGUCCUCUGCAUUUUUAAAAAUGCUUGAACGACUACUUCUACUUGCAAUAAAGAAAGUGUAUCAAACAAUUAACCAGCUAUUAAAAUUUACUUCCACAGAUGAAUCUGUAAUUACCAUACACAACUGUCCCAUUUUAUUAAACAGCCUUCCUGCAGAGAUGUUACCAUACCUUGUUUGCACGUCUUCUAUAUUUUUUUCUUCCGUUUUGGUAUGGCACACGAUUCAUUUUCAUAAUUAGUUAUUAAAAAAGGCCUUAUUUCCCCAAAUUUGACAUCUCUUCUGCUCGCUUUAUAUGCAGAAAGACUUUUUAGCACAUUUUACAUUGUAUUCUGUUGGUGAAAAGCAGAAUCUAAUGUGUGGAUGCUUUUUCUUUAUCUCAGGAAGUUAGGAGUUUGGCUGGAUUACUACUGGGUGCCUGUAAUGUGGGGCAAGACUCCUUUGAGGAAAGAUGUUGUACUGUCCGAUGACCCACACUUAAGGCAAGUCAACAGCUACCUCUAGCUCUGAGGCUUAUUUCGUGUUAUCCCCAGGAAAGGAGAAGGGAAAGUUUUCCUAGGGCUUUCAAUGACACCCUUAAAACAUUCAGAAAUGAUAUUUUUAGACUUUUCUGACAAUUAAUCCUGACCACAUUGUCUGUACCUGGUUAUAUAAGUUAUAUUUAACCAUUAUAUUUGUUGUCUUGCAACAUAACAAUGGAUAUUCAGCACACUCCAGGACCUCGGUGCCUCUCAUCAUUCUAAAACAUGCUGUAGUUGGGACACCAUGAAGUUCAGCCACCACAGAGUUUGUAGUUUGAAUCUGGUUUAGAAGUAUUACUUUAAAGGGACCUUCACAUGGCCUGACUUGACCUCGUCAGUGGAUUUAAUAGUCGCAUGUGUUAAGAACCCCAUUUUUAAAAAAGAAAAACUGCAGUGAGCCUUUUAAUGUUCACAGAUUCUUGGAUCUUAUAAGCUUGAGUUUUAAAAUAGGCUAGAGCUGCUCAUUGACAGUCUCAGCCUAGUUCUGCAGGACUCUAUUUUACAGCAUGGAAUUAAAAAAAGAAACUUCAAUGUUUUGUAAUAAAGCUUUUGAAUACUC